GGGCCGUCCAAUGGGGCGAGGCGUUGGUGCGAGGAGGGGCCGCCAUCUUCGGGCCGCUGGGCCCCCGCACCGGUCUCCGGCAGCCAGAGGUAGGUGGUAGGUGGGCCGGGUCUCGCCGCCUGCGGUCCCCGGCCUCGCCCGCUCGCGCUCCGUUGCGGACCCACGAUGCCGCAGUACCAGACGUGGGAGGAGUUCAGUCGCGCGGCCGAGAAACUCUACCUCGCCGACCCUAUGAAGGCCCGUGUGGUUCUCAAAUAUAGGCAUUCUGAUGGGAGUUUGUGUAUUAAAGUAACAGAUGAUUUAGUUUGUUUGGUGUAUAGAACAGACCAAGCCCAAGACGUAAAGAAGAUUGAGAAAUUCCACAGUCAACUAAUGCGACUUAUGGUAGCCAAGGAAUCCCGCAGUGUUGCCAUGGAAACGGACUAAAUGGUUUGAAUUGAAGAUCUGUCCUGUUCUUAGGAAGUAAAUCUCUUUUGAAUCUGAAAAAGUGUUGGGAAAGAAAAUAGUUUAUGUAACUAAGUGGCCUCUUCAGAAGUGGGGAGAUCGUUUUUUGUACUUUGUGUUUUAAUGUUUACUUUAAAGAGCUAGGAAUGUAAAAUGCUUUCAGGUAGAAAACCUUUAUUUAUUUUUGAAAAUUGAACAAAUGCAUCUAUGUUGGGAAACCUUUUGCAGGUUGAUAUGGGGCAAAAUAUGUAAUUAUUCUAUGGUAAGUUUGUGUCAGUAAUUUGAAAAAGGCAAUUCUUCCUUAAAUUUAGUUAAUCUGUCUUUAAAAGAAAAUUAGAUGUAACCAUUUUGCCAGAGUGAUAUAUUUCUUUUGGAGCAUAAAAUUUGUGCUGUUGCUGACCAACAAACAUAAAAUAUGGUAACUGGAAUUGCCUGUGCACAGCAGUGUGCCUGACUAUGUAUAAUAUAGUAGUGUAGUUUCAGUUAUUUCUAAAAGUAAUCAUGGAAACAAGUAUGCUUUACUUUACCUAAAACUUUCCAAAUUUAAACUAUUUUUGAAUGUAAGGGAUUUGUAGUAUCAUUAGCUUGUUGAGCAGAGACUUGCUUUGAAUCUCGUUUUCAGUGCUCAGAAACCAGCUGCGGUUACUUUAAGUGCAUGAACAGAAUGAUCACUAGUGGCCUGAGGCCACCAUAUUACACAGGUAUUUGCCACAGAUUUCCCCUCUGUCUUUUCUCAGGAGGGCUAAAGAUUAUUCAGACUGUUAAAUCUUCACAUAUGUCUGUGCCACCCCUGCCCGUUUCUCUCUGUAUUUAACCAAGGUGUUAAGCUGACUGUCACAACUGUUAUGUUUUCCAUUAGGCCAGAGGGAUAUCAUUUGAUAUUUAUCAUAUUAUUGUAACCUGAAUUUUACCACCUAAAUGUAAUGUUCACAUGUUGCUACCUACAUUAAAAUAUUUUUUGGUUAGGAAUUUGUUGUGUUGAGCAACAUUUUCACAUGGAAAAUUCCAUUAGCCAUAUGAAUUUUUGCAUGUUUUGGAGAAGUCAGUAAGUAAAAUAUUAUAUGAAUAUAUAUUGUUUCUCUUGAAGUUUUUAACUUCUCAAGAAUUACUGAUUUCUUGACUGGGAUAUACUGUAUUCAUUUAGUGUAAAAUGAGCCUGAUGUUACUGUAAGUAAAUUUUGAUUGUUUUGUUUGUUGGUACUUUUUGCUACACGACUUUCUCUGAAGAUGUAUGUUGAUGGCAAGGUGGUUUUCUUGAUUAAGAAAAGUAACAUCAAAUAGUAAAGGGUAUUUAGGAUUUGAGGUUCCCCUCCCAGUCAGUGGGAUCGCUGGAGGAUUUUUUGGCCUUUUUCUUUCUCAUUUACACCUUCUGCUUUUUAACACUAUAAAAAUAACCUGGAGGGGAGUGACGGAUUCGGGUUCCCUGGUCCUUGUGGCUUUUAGUGGAGAGUGGAGAGCAGCGGCCUGGGUUGCAGUCUUGGCUCCACUGCUUCCUAGCUCCGUGGCCUUAGGGUACUUCUCUGCGCACCUGUUUCCUUUUCUGGAAAUGGGGCUGACAACAGUACUCCUAGGACUUGAGGAGGGUCAAAUGGUAGAACCUAUCGUAAGCCUUUAGCACAGUGCUUGGAACAUAGUAAAGCUCAAUAAAUGGGAGCUGCUAGCCGCAGUAGCUGUAUUUUUCAGGGGAAAAGGUAUAGCUGGCUCUUAGUUUAUUUCAUAACUUUCAUUGGAGGAUUAUUUGGAGGUAACAUCUGCCUUUUCUGCCAAGGGCCAUGUCUGUUAUUGAAUGCCAUUUUUGACAGUUGGGGAGCAAAACAAGACUGUCUCCAUAGACAGUGUUCUUAUGUGGGAAGAAACAGAAAUCCUUAAAUCUAAAACUUCUGUUUAUUUGUGUCUGCACAAAAUAAAAUUAAGAUAAUUGGUAAA